AUGGCUGCCUCCGCAUAUCGGCCCUCGUACGUAUCUAAGCUUAUCAAACAACUAGGAGAAGAUGAAGACGGACAGAUGUGUAACGAAGAUGAAGAAGCCGUUAUUUGGACAGCCGCAAGUCUUUAUGGCGCCGCCGCAGACACGGCAGUUAUUACCCUCAACGCUUUCACAUUGGCUAUGGUUCAAUUCCCUAAGGUUCAACGUAAGGCUCAAGAAGAAAUUGAUCGUGUCAUUGGCACAGAUCGUCUACCAACGUUUGAUGAUCGUGAAAACUUGCCAUAUGUCAAUGCAUUGGUCAAGGAGGCCUUGAGGUGGUGGCCCAUUGUACCAAUGAGCUUUCCCCAUACAGCUACGGACGACUUUGAGUUCAGCGGUUAUCACAUCCCAAAGGGCGCUAUUAUCUUGCCAUCCAUCUGGUGGUUCAUGAAAGAUCCAGAAAUCUACACCAGCCCUGAAGAAUUUGAGCCUGAGCGAUUUCUUGCGCCACGCAAUGAGCCUGACCCUACAGAGGAAGUCUUCGGCUACGGUCGUAGGGUGUGCCCAGGCCGUUUCUUCGCAGACGCCAGUCUCUACCUCAAUAUGGCACAAACGCUUGCAACUUUUAAUCUCAGCAAAACUUUGGACAAAGAUCGGAAAGAGACCACAUUGGAUGUAAAGAUGAAACCAGGUGUUCUAGCAUAUCCCACGGAGUUCAAAUUCAAAGCUGCGCCACGGAGCAAGAGGCAUGUAGAGCUUAUCAGGCGGCUUGAGGUAAAAUAUCCCUUUGAGCCAAGCGAUUCUUCACUUUUAGAAAGUACAGACGAUUUUGAUGUUAGGUACUAG